AUGAGGGAAAGCUGGCAGGCUAAGUCAGCUCCCACUCAGGCCCAGAGCCAGGACUACACAGUUGCCCACCUCAGCACCCACCUCAUCUAUGAACUGCUGGAGCAUGGGAAGGGGCUGGACCUGCAGAUCCACAGCUCCAGGAUCCCCAGGGCACAAGGCAACAAUAGCACAUCCAAGAUAGGGGACAACGUCUCAACCCAGGAACCUGCUGAUAACCAGAACCCAGUGUCGCUUUCCCUGGCAGGGGCACCCAGCAUCUUGAAGUUCUUCUCCGAGGAGUUCAUUGGUCAGCACUUCCAGGAGGUGGGGUUAGAGGAAGGCAAUCCUCAGCCUGGAGACCUCUUCCUGUUUGAGUUUCAGUUUCCGGUGCCGGUGCCCUUUGUGGCCCACGUGGGUGUUUACUGCGGCCAGGGAGAGAUCAUACACUUUGAGGGGAGGGGCAGCACUGAUAGUAUACGACAAAAGCUUCAGGGUUACUUGGAAGGUGUGGUGUACAAACAGGGCCUCCUUGCGAUGAAACACUCCCGAAAGCUCUUGCGUGUACUUCGCAAACGCGGUGGCGUUGACCCCAAGGUGCUGGAGAGACGUGUACGAGAAGCGAUGAACAGCAUCCCUCCUCCCUAUCAUCUUGUUGAGAACAACUGCGUGCACUUUGCCCUGAAGCUGCUGGGCAUGAACUUAGCUGGGCUCAAGCCCCAGUUCUUGGAUCCUGACCAGACAUAUUUACUGAAUACUACCAAUCUCCUGCCCCGAUGCUGGCCCAACCCCUCAUUCUUCUUCCUUCAGUAG